AUGCUGAACUCGAAUCUUACCGAAGAACAAAAGAAGGCCCACCACAUUGCAUCUGAGCAAAAAAGAAGGGAGAACAUAAGAGCAGAGUUUGACCAUAUUGUCAGACUCACCCCAACACUUUCCGAGCAGGAAAGUCGAUCUGAACUUAGUAUUCUUACCAAGUCUGCCAACUAUAUUGAUUACUUGAAGGAUGAAAACCAGAAAUUGAUAGAGUUGUGUCAGAUGAAGGGUAUACCGGUACCAAACGAGCUCGUAUACAAGGGUCCUGGUGUUGCAAAUGAGUAG